AUGAAUGCCCCGUCGGAUGCGCUUUUCGCCCUCCCCGCCGAAACGACGCGCCUCCCUGACCGCGACCCUCCCCGCUCUGUUCCGUCGACCCACCUCGUCGUUCACAGGCUCGAUCGCGAGAUCGAACACGCGCGGGGAUGGACCCUGCGGGGGAGCGUCGACGCCGCGGACGACUCGCGCGCGCGCGCGCCGUUCGCUCGUCUCGUGAAACCCGCGACGACGCCGUCGUCUUCACGCGGCGGCGAGAUCGACGGGCGGCUUCGGAGCAGAGCGUCCGCGUUUCUCGCGAGCGCGUCGCUGACGUUGACCGGCGUCGGCCUGGUCCGCAACGCGCCGACGAUGACCGCGCGCAACGGCGCCGUCGGCGGCAAGACGAAGUCGCAGAAGAAGCCGCGUCAGAAGCGCGGCGGCGCGGACGCCAACGCGGAGCGGGAUGGGAAAAGAGCGGAAGCGUCCGCUUCGGAUAAUAAAAACCACGCGACGCUGAAACAUCUCGCCGUCGGCGCCGUCAGCGGCGGCGUGUCUCGGUCCGUCGUCGCGCCUCUCGAGCGCGUGAAGAUCGAGUACAUGAUCGACUCCGGGAAGGUCGCCUCGGAGGGCGGGGUGAUGGGGUCGUUACGGCGGAUCGUUCGCACGGAGGGCGCGGCCGGGUUGUUCCGCGGGAAUCUGCUCAACGUCAUGCGCAUCGCGCCGACCAAGGCGGUGGAGUUUUACUGCUUCGACGCGUUCAAGAAGUCGCGGCUGCGUUUGAAACGCGAUCAACGCGACGGUGGCGGUGGCGCUGGACAGGGGAACGAGGAAUUGAGCCUGAGCGGCGGCGAGAGAAUGCUCGGCGGGUCGCUCGCGUCCAUGGCGGGCACGGCGUUGACGCAUCCGGUGGACACGCUUCGUUCGAGGGUAACGUCCACGGGGAUGCGAAUGGGCGAGGCGUGGUCGGGGUUGAUGCGAAACGAAGGCCCGAUGGCGCUGUGGAAAGGUCUCAGCGUGAACAUGAUCCGGGUCGCGCCGUACGGCGCGGUGAACUUCUUCGUGUACGACGCGUGUAAGUCCGCGUACAAGAAGACGUUGAAACCCGGCCAGGAGAUUGGGCCGCUGCCGACGUUGUUCUUCGGCGGCCUCGCCGGCGCGGCGGCGCAGACCGCGGUGUACCCGCUCGAGAUGGUCCAGCGGCGGAUACAGGUCAGCGGGAUGACGUCCGCGGUCAGCGCUGGGUCAUCCGCGGCGCUGACGGUGAAGUACAAGAACGUGUUCCACGGGAUCCAGUGCGUGUAUAAGACGGAGGGGUUGGGCGCGUUGUACGCGGGUUUGGUGCCAAACUACGCGAAGAUAUUCCCCGCCGCCGCGGUGAGUUUCUACGUGUACGAGGCGUUGAAGCUUCACUACGGGUUGUGACGCGCGGACGCCGUGCUCGCGUCGACGGACGUGCGUGUUCUGCGCGUUCGACGUCAUCGUGUCAUUUAUUUUUUAUGCGAUUC